AUGCGUUUUAUCCAGAGCCUCCUCACUCUUUCACUUGUUGCAGCUCCUGCCUUUGCAGCUCCAAUUACUGAGUCAGACAACCCCAUCUCCUCCACCGAUGAAACCAAACCUACAAAGGUUCUCAGUCCCCGCGCUCCCUUCGUGACCUGCACUCCCAAGAAGAACGAAACCAAGACCAAAUUCAUAGUCGACGUCGCCGUCGCCGAACGAGAAAUGAAAGAGGCCGGCUUGGUUACGGACAAGAGUGGUGAUCCUCACCACUACGGAAAUUUCGACGGGUUCCACUGGGGAGUCCAUGAAUGUGACGACAAGAAACACCAACUCUGGGAGUUCCCCAUUUUCUGGGUCGGAUCCAAACACAGGUGGCAGAAGAACCAAAAGACCUUUAUGCAAGCGGAAAAGACUCCCAUCCGCGUUGUUUAUGCUGAUGUCAACAACACUCCGCACUAUUGCGGCAUUAUGAUCCAUGAGACGGUCAAGAGUAAUUACCAGGGCACGGACCACUUCGAAAAGUGCGAGUAG